UCGUCUGCGACUCCGCCAUUUCCGCAUAAAAAUUGGCAUUGAAUUAGUCGCAGGUACAAACUUCGAAGUGUCCGUUGGUCUUCCAAUUCAUCGUAGUGUCAGUUUAUAAAAGGUUCAGCAAUAGAAAUGUUUGAUCAUAGUGUACAUUUGCGACGAACGGACUUAAUUUGUCCGUUCACAUGAAGUAUUCAUUUGUUUCUCGAUUGCCCAAUCGUCCCAGAUCCUCUUGCAUUUGGUUGAAAAACAAAAUGUUUAAACGAGCCCAGGAUUCCCAGAUCACGUUGGUAAAAGAAGUGAGGAACGAUGGAUUGUAUCGCCUGCAUUGGAUUUUUUUUUAAAUAUCCCUUCUCAAAAGGGACAAAGGACACAAAAUGUGUUUUUAUUAAGUCCAUCUUUGUUGACACAAUGUUAGACAACACCAUAACUUAGCUCAAAACAAGCUUUUCAAGUUUCAAGUACAGUUUGACUGUUGAAGUUGUCUCUUUUUAUCAAUUAUGCAACAGUGAAGAACAAGUACCUGAUCAAGUCAACUCGAGCUUUCAGUCUUAGUAACGUCUUAUUACUUGAACUCUUGAACUGCUAAUACUAGACAUCAUGUUUGCCUGUAAUAGUAGGAUUUCCAGUAGAGUCUUUAGUCUUAUCUGUGUAUCAAUACUGACCAGAUUCCACAUUAAGCAACAUAAUAUCGCUGUGAAGAAAAACAUUAACCAGUGAGAAGAAUGUCAACUUAUUGGUGUCGUCGUCCCUUCGGGAUCGUCGAUAGGCAACCAGUUUUCGCCUACGUGUUCCAGAGUUCGAAGAAUAUAUUGAUAACCCCAAGAUCGUUUUCAUUCAACUGCUGACAUUAUGUAACCGGUUCGUUUUGAUUUGUGGAAUUGUUGAUGUUCCAUGUGAUGCACGUGUAACCACCGGAAACGUUCGUCGAGUCGAGAACGAUUGCAGUUAAUUAAACAAAAACACAGUUUGUUUCGCCAUCACAAAGAGUAAAGGAAAAGCCCAGACAAACCCGCUCUUUUUGGAACACGAAACAUUUAAGGAAAUGUUGUUUUCAGCAAUAAUAUUUGCGACUGCUGUCGCACUGGUAUUGGCAAACAACGCGCCAACCUAUCCUAGUGAUGUCUCCAGUACGGCCGGCAAUUCUUAUGAGAGUUAUCCUCCGUUUAAUGGUGCAAAAGUUCCACAAAAUGGGAAACCAUCUAAUUCUUCUUAUCCUGAUGAUGGCUGUGGAGACUAUUCUGUCCGAUUUAAAGGCGAUGGAUACUGUUAUCCUCUUCUGAAGAAAGGCCCUUGCGAGAAUGUGUUGUUUUGGAUUACGGUCGACCCGUAUACUUAUGAGGGAAUAUGUACUCCUCGCCUUUGUGGUAGAGAAAAAGUGUUCGUCGGUCGAGAUGGUCUUUGUCACGAUAUUUACGAUACUAAAGAGUGCCGAGGAGGUAGGCGUCUUUAUUACUCGGCUUACGGAGAUCCAAUUUGUGAUUGUCCUGUUGGGCAAUAUCCAUUCCCAUCAGAGGAUGACGAUUGCGUUCCUUUAUUUACCCAAGGGCCGUGUCCAACCAAUCAGGUUGUAUCCGUUAGUGCAUCGGGUAAAUUAGAGUGUGCCCCCAACACUUGUCAACUAGUUGAUAGAUAUCAGGACUUCCUCCUGCAAUUGGUCCCGGUUAAACAAUCAAGAAUAAGUAACGAUGACGAAGACGAUGAAUAUGGAUACUGCUAUGCGUUAGGCACUCGAGGACCUUGCUCACCUUCUGAACUUUUUGGUUACAACAUCUUUAGCUCUCAGGGAGAGUGUGUUGACAUGGAUGACCCUAGAACGCCAUACUUUUCUUCUCCGGAAGAGAACGCAAUUUUAGAUGAUGUCUUUGAUCGGGCCGCAAACGAACCCAUAAAAACAAAGAAUAACAAAAGUAAUACGUUUUUUCGUGCACAACGUUUAUCAAGAAAACGAAGACAAGGACCCAAUACUUUUGGGAUAUUCCAACAGCCAAGUAGAAUUCCAACAUCUCUCCUAAAUCCCUGCCAAACUGGCGGUCGAAACGGAAAUAAUUUCAAGUGUGCAAAUCCUUUGGUUCCUAGUAGACCCGUCCGCGACGUUAGUCAGCCUGUCAGUCCUGCUUUCGGUUGCCGACCAAAUGAUUUCUUGCAAGCUACUGGACAAUGCGGUGGCAACCGUGGGCCAGCUAGCUGCGGACCUUCCUACCAAUUCAUCCCAGCUACAAACCAAUGUAGACCAAUACGCUUUUGAUAAGGAAUUGCCUGAAAAAGAUUCGAUACAGUUAUAUUAUUAAAUUCCGAUAAUUUGAAUUUCGGCCUGGUAUCCUUUUCGUAAUUAAUUGUUCCGACUAUCUCACUUGGAAAACUUAUCUAUUUUAGGAAACAAACCGGCAUAUAAGUAAUUAAACAAGAUAGUGGAUAAUCCUAAAAUUCACUUCUCAAUAUUUGUAUAAGAAAUUUCGUAAUUGAUGCGAAAAUACAAGUCUCUUGAUAUCGCA